GCCACCGGCGGCGCCUCGCCCAGCUGCGGCUUCGCGUUCUUCUCAAGGACGGCGGUCUCUUGUCCCUAGCGGCGCCUCGUCCGCGCAGCGGCGCUGAGAGCAUCAACAUGGCGGCGUCGCUGCUGAGGGAACUCUCAAUGUCAGCGGCUUGGACGAAGCACCUGGUUCCGGGGGCUAUGGCGAGAGCCGCCGGCUUGACUGCGGUCAGGUCACUGAACACUUCCACAUGGCGGCUGGCACAGGACCAAGCCAAAGACACGCAACUCAUCACUGUUGAUGAAAAAUUGGACAUUACAGCUUUAACUGGUGUACCAGAGGAGCAUAUUAAAACCAGAAAAGUUCACAUUUUUGUUGCAGCCCGUAACGCCAUGCAAGCAGGUGUGAACAACACCAAAAAGUGGAAGAUGGAAUUUGACACAAGGGAACGCUGGGAAAAUCCAUUGAUGGGUUGGGCAUCUUCGGCUGAUCCUAUGUCCAAUCUGUUUCUAACUUUUUCUACAAAAGAAGAAGCUAUCGCAUUUGCAGAAAAAAAUGGCUGGAGCUAUGAUGUUCAAGAGCGGAGGAUUCCAAAACCUAAAUCCAAGUCUUAUGGAGCAAACUUUUCUUGGAACAAAAGAACAAGGGUGUCCACAAAAUAGGUUGGCAUUGGCUGUCUCUAUGUCUGACUGUGAAUAAAGUCAGCUGUGCUGUAUUUAUAGUCCGUGUAUAAUACAUGUCUUAAUCUCCUAAUAAAUUUGACCUUUAAACUA